AUGAGCAGCGAAGAUUCAGAACCUGGGGCGAGCCUAGCCUACGGUGAAGAUCACGAACUGCUGGAGAGUGACGGCUCUUCUCCCGAAUCAGAUGAACACCUAAACCUGCCAAAAUGGGUACAUAUAACGCGGGAAAGCCUCGUCAAGCACUACUUUGGGUUGCUAUGUCGCGUUACUCAUGAAGUAUGGGAGCAUCAUCUCACUUCCAAGAUAUUAUACAUGACCCUAGCGUCUAUGUUUGCUUUGGCAACCUUCUUGUUGGGGAAGAAUUUUGAUUCAAUAUCGUCUGGUACAGAUCAAGCUCCGGUCUCACCAUUUAGCGGUGCCUUUGCAAGGUUCCCGCGUGUGAAUGACUUGCCCUCAAGACAACGUCGGAUUACUCUGGUCGGCGUGUGGGAAGACGACUAUUUCGCACCAUAUCUACGCCACUUUUACUAUACCGUCCAGAAGAAUGCCGACUCGGUGGAUCUUUUGCUUAUCAACAGGAUAAAGACCCCAGGCAAACCGUGCCUGGACUUUGACAAGGCCAGGGUCAACAUUACUUGGGGGAGCAACAUCAAAGUCGUUUGCAUGAGCGACGAGGAAUAUCUUCGUCGUCACGUGGAUUUCAUGUGCUCGCAAACAUUCGGAUGGGGCUGCAAUGAAACUGAGUAUGCUGAAGUCACCAAGGAGUGGUCCAACCGUCAGGAUUACCGCAACUACGAAUGGCGGCCUUUUCUCGGAUAUAUCUUGAAGGACCUGUUCCAGAGCCCGCACAAUCCAUUCUGGGCGUGGGUGGACCAGGAUCAGCUCUUGGGCAACUUCGCACGAUAUCCAUUCAAUAUUCUGUCGCAGCUCUCACUAGUCACUGGGCGAGAACGGAUGCCUGAGACACUUUUCAUGGCGGGACAGCUCACAGCUUUCAAUUUUGAUGACCUAGCUUUGGGAUCCGCCUGGAAGAGAUUCCCCGGCCUGAGAAGCCCGGCCCAUUUCACUCGGUAUACCGAUGGCAAAUUUCCCAAUUCGCCCGAGGAGCGAUACUGGAGUGAGGGCUACCUUCAGUCAGGACCCAACCACCCAGGCUCGGAGCUCUCUUGGGCGAUAUAUCCUGAUCUGCAUGGCGAUGACUUCUUCGAAGGCAAAUGGGGGAAGAGAAAUGCCAGUCAGACGCAUGUCAUAUCUGGCCGUGAGGUAUUGCAAUUGGAUAGGGCGUUCACGAGAGAGGAGAUUGAACAGCUGAUCUCAACGGAGAGGCACUCUCCCAUCGACAAUCUAGGCGGCAUUGGGUGGACUGGAGGGGAGGAUGGUUCCGCAUAUUUGAUCAGUCGGCCAGGUCUCAACCCUAAGGAAGCCAAAGCUCUCGCUGUGAAAGAUACUCAAGGCAAGGAUGGCAACAUGCCCGUCCAUACAGGCAUUGUCGACGUUCAGCUCAUAUCCACCAACUGUACAGGCGAACCCAAGUUCGUCACACAAUGCAUUGACCUCCAUCCCUUGGCGAGAACGGAACCUCCAAUCUACAGACAAAGUGUGGUGCGUCUGAAGGAACAGCAGCCGAUGCAUGUGCUCCGACGGCUGGAGCUGGAUGAUAGGCCCAGGGGCUACGAGCGGAAACUGCUCGUUCACCAUCUGACCACGCUCUCGAGAGGGAACCCAUGGUUCGAGCUCCCGCCGUUCGAUAUCGCUGAUGAUUUGGUGUUAAUGUGCAACAACGAUGCCGUGCAGGUCUUCAAGAUGGGUGAAAAUCGCGACAAAACUCUCUUUUAUCGGGCGGAAGGGGAAGACAAAAUUGGCUGA